UCAAUUGUCAAUCGUGCCGAGCUAAAAAUACGGUCCUUACUUUUGUUUAUCAAUAAAGUAUAAACCAAAUUCACAAUAAACAUUAAUUGUUUCACGUUACGAUGCAAAAAAAUCAUGAACAUGAAGAGACCAAGGAGAACACACUUAUUUGACCUCUACUGGGAGGAUAUACUGGUAUCCAAGAUAAUGCCGUAUCUCAGCAUACAGGAAUGUUUCACCUUUCGUUGCGUUUCCAGAACAUGCCUGCAGAUUGUGAACAUGUAUUUCGCUAGGCUGAGGUCACUGAAACUGAAGAACAAGGGCUUUUCACCUCACACAUUUGAGGUCCUCGGUUUAAACUGUACAAGGCUCAGCAUUCUUAACUUCAGCCUCUGCAAGAAUCUCACUGACGCAGAUCUGGUACCCAUACUGAACAGCAAUCCAGGAUUAGUUAGUUUGAAUCUGAACUCCUGUAACAACUUAACAGCCAAAUGUCUGCAGCCAGCUAUAUUACAUUGUACCAAUUUAAAAGUUUUGAAACUCUCAAAGUGUAACUGGCUAACCACAGGCGCCAUGGAAGCCCUGGCGCUUCAUCAAAGUAAGCUGGAAGACGUAGACUUGGGACACUGCCCCCAUAUCUCUGAAGGUUGUGUGUUGAUCUUCGUUAAAAAGUUUAGACAACUAAAGACGUUAAGCUUGGAAGGCAAUAUACAGAUAACGGACAAAUGUCUCUACACUAUGUCGAAGUACAGUAACUGCUUGAAGUUGCUCAAUUUGACAUCCUGUGUUGAUAUUACAGAUAAAGGAGUCAUGGCUCUAGCGUUACAUUGCCACAAGCUAGAGGGUCUACUGGUCCGCAGAUGUAUCCGCGUCACAGAACUGAGUCUGAGGCUUAUGAGGAACAGGAGUGUUCACCUCGACAGAAGAGAUGUUCAAGUCCCCGUACCUGCUGUUAGGAUUCCGUAGACGACAAGGGACCCUUUAUUUUGUAGAUAAGAAAGCCAAAUCAUUUACAAGUAAUAGCUAUUAGUAAAAAGUGCAUGUUAAAUUUAAUUUCGCCACAUUACUAGCAAGAUACAUUUAAUAUUAAAAAACAUUCCAAACUAGUCUGUUCUAAACAUGUGCAGUAUACAAUAACAUAUCUCAGCAUAUUAUGCUAGCCAUUUGACAAUCAAGUAAGCUCACAUGCCUGCAGUGCUAACAGCUGUUAGAUAAAAAUGAUCGCGUCGUGGUCGCAAUGUGCCCGACAUCAUGCCGAGCUUACUUGAUCGUGAGUGGCUAGCAUUAUACCUGCGCUGUUCAGCAUGUCGCAACUUGGAAAUUUGACUUGAACUACACUGAAAAAAGUUCAAAUUGUUUUAUAACUAACGUUCAAAUUGUUAUACUUAUAGCUUAUAUUAACUCAUGCGCUUCGUUUUAUCAGAUAUUCACCAGCGUUUAUAUACCUACAUUAAUAAGAGUAGAUACCAGCGGCGAUGAAUGCUUUCAGGCCGAUUCCCGUCCGGUUACCUUUUAUAAAUGUAUGAGAAACCGGAGUUUUAUCUUCGUCAAAAUUCCAUCCUUCGCCACUGGUAUAUGUAUAUAUUGAGACAAUUUCCCUUGGAAAUAUCAUUAUGCUUAUUUCUUUGCUUGGUUUUAUUAUAGGCUUCUGCUUGAACUAGGGUGUAUUUAGUAUGUGUAUUAUAUAUUAGAUAUAUACUUGUAUGUAUGGAAUUCAUAAGGCCGCCUAAUAAAUAUAUUUAUACUAAUAUUACAAAGAGUUGAAAUUUGUGGUAUUGUUGGGCUAAUCUCUACCUAUUUUGAAAAUUAUUUUAUCACUACAAAGCCACGUUGUUUGUGAGUAUCAUAGGCACCUAUUUUAUCAUGAAUGUCUGUAUUCAGAACAGACAGAAAUUACGCGAGUAAAACCGCGGCCUUCGGUAAGUAUAUCAUGUAUAGACUACAAGUAUUUCGUUAGAUAGCCAAUUUAUGUACUUACUUAAAUAACCCUUGUUUUUAUUCUAAUUUCAAUUACAUGAUAUUUUUAUUUAUACAAUACAUUAUUUUCUUAAGUUUUCGUUAAUAAGUAGGUAUAGGUAUAUGUUGUGUUGUUUGAUUUAAUUGUUAUAAUGUGAUUUUUUAUAUUUUAAUUAAUUGUUUAGUUUGUCGAUUGGUAUUAAAGUUUUUAUGUUGUAAGAAAAUACAUCAUAUAAGUAAUAUCAGAACCUCACAUUAUAUUAUAUUAGGGUAAUAAGUCAUCAUAAUUAUUUAGGCACGAUUUCUUAAAUAGCACCACAGAAGUUUCUUUACUGCCAUAAAUAAAAUUAAAUGUCUAUAAGCCCUAAAGUUAAUAUGUUAAAUGUUUAUUACUUGAUAAGUUGUUAUUACCUGUGAUAUGUUUUUUAUAUAAAACUUGAAAUACUGUAAUUAUAACUAUGUGCUCUGUAGCAUGGUGCUGGUGACCGUUGCCUUAUGACGUUCAUAAUACGUACUAAUAUUGUAAAUCGCGAUAAACUUUCAAGAUUGAAACGAUCUGUCACCCGCACCAUGCUAUAGCGCACAUGGUUUAAUUACAGUAUUUCAAGUUUUUGUUUGGUGUUGGCCUAUUUUAUUUAUAUAUUAUGUAGAUUAAGAAACGGUUACAUAGUAGGGAUUAUUAAAACUCGAGCAUAUAUAUUAUGUGCAUGCAAAUCACAGUAAAGAAGUUAUUUUAUAAAUCAGUUCUUGCUAUAAGCAACUCUUAUAUGUAUAUUAUUAAAUUCAGUAAAAUGUACAUAAUUAUUGUAUGUAAUUUGUUUGUUUUUUUUUACUUUAUUUCACAAUUUAGAAGUUUUAGUGUAUAGAUGAAAAUUUGUUGUAUACUUGACCAGUAUCUAGUCUAAAAAUCUACUUAGAGAAUAAUUUAAUAAUAUUAUGUAUGUAUAUUGUAUAUAUAUGUAUAUUGCGGGCGGGGGGAGGGGAUCCAUGUUGGAUGUUAAGGUGACAAAAAAUACACAUUUCAAAAAACUUACAACUGUGAGUUCUAAUUAUUUUUGAUGAUUUUGAUUUAUUUAAAAUGAUUUUCCGUCAUUUUUUUCUGUAACAGCCUAAAAUGGUUGAUCUCCUAUGUGUGAGAGGAAGACUACAGAGAGAUGGAGUGAAUGACAGAGGAUUUAUGUGUAAAGUAUGAAGUGAAUGGAAGGAGACGUGUCGUGUCGUGUCGACCCUACUCUACUAGCAUUGAAUAGGGACAAGGUUAAGGCUGCCAGUCCAACAAAGCGAAGCGAGGUAGCGGAGCCGGAGUAGAAAUAUUAACCAAUAGGAUUGCACAAAAUCUCCGCACCUCUUGAGUGAACAGGGAAUUGCGAGCUAGUUUAAAAAUUCAUAGGAAACUAGUAAGUGGGGCGGUUUAUCAGUCUGCAACUCCGCUCCGCAUCCUCGCUCCGGUAGCUCCGCAUUAGUCCGUUUCUCCGCUACGCUCCUUCGCUCCGCUCUGGUGGACAGGCAGCCUAAAUCUGAAUCUAUUUCGUGCCUAUUAUUAUCUACGUUAUUGUUAGUACAUAAAAUAAAUGUGAUUGAAUGUAAAAGAUAAGACGUUUAAUAAAAGUUAUAAAAAUAAUAAGAA